AAGUCUACAGAAUUCUCUUUUAUUGCAUUAUGUAUUUAAAGAAACCUAUGUUAAGCCAUAUAAAAAUUAUUUGGUGAUUACUGCAAUAGAUGGCGGAGUUAUUGCUGUAUCGUGUUUAUACAAUCGCCCAUUUCUGUUCACUUUUUCGCGUAAAACGUGGUAAGCCACAUUAAAAUGGCGUCGACAUCAGGUGCACGUGCUGAAUUAAGAGCGGUUUUAAGCGAAAAUAGCAGUUUAAAUGUCAAUUUUAUUGAUGAUAGGGAUGACAGUGUAGCAGACAAAGACUAUAAGCCCAGUGGCGAUGAUUUUCCGUCUCAAUCUAGUGAGGAUGAAUUGCAGGAACCAAUACCCAGGCUUUUUAAAGAUAAGGAGGUUAAUCCAGAGAAGAAAAAACCAACAAGAUGGAGACAACGAAAUGAGGAACACUAUGAUCGAAAUGAAAGAAAAAGAAGCCGUAAUUCGGGACAGCAGUAUACUUCUAAGAAAACCAAGACGAUUAUUAGUUCACGUGAAAUUGGCGAAGAAAAUUCCGUUUUACGGAAAGGCAGACCUGCAAUAAUAGAGUUGUCAAACAUUCCCAAGAAAUAUAACGAACCUCUGAAAAUUGCGAAAAAUAAACUGGACAAUAUAAAAAGUUUGUUACCUUAUAUCCCGCCAGUCUACCACACUUUUUAUAAUCAGUUAAACGCAGCUUCUGAAGUUAAUGAAGAAGUGGAAAUUGUAGAAACAUAACUUAGUUGAUUUUUUUGUAUUGCGAUUUUUUAAAUUUAAGAACAUGUUAAGCCACAUUUUUUUUAAUAAAAUUAUUUUUUUAAUAUAAAUAUGUGUUUUUUUGUGAAAUAAUAA